AUGUUGGGGUUUCUUAUUCUCACAACUGCUUACAUCAAUGCAAACUCUUUGGUAUCUGAAACUUGUUCUCAAACCCAAAACCCUUCUCUAUGCAAUCAAGUUUUGGGAUCUGCCCCAGGAGCCUCAACGACGGAUCUCAAGGGCCUCGGCUAUAUAUCGAUCAAUAUAGCCUUAACCAAUGCAAAACAAACAUCACCAUACAUUGCAUCUCUUGUCAACCAAUCUACCGAUUUAACGCUUAGGGAUCGAUAUCAAAAUUGCGUCGAGAAUUAUGCAUCUGCCAUUGAUGCCCUUAAUAACAGCAAGAUGUUUUUGGAUAAGGGAGAUAUUCCUAGUCUUCAAACCUUCGCAUCGACCGCAUUUGAUGGGCCCGAUACUUGCUGUGACAAUUUUGAAGGACCACCAGUCGCACCUGACCAACUAAAUGAUGCCAACGAGAAGUUGGAAGGUCUCAUUAGCAUUGUUUUAACAAUUGGAGGGCGUUUAGCCAGAAAAGAAUAA